UCGUAACGGCAGAAACGUGUACGGCGAAGUGCGGUCGACUCGUCGAUGCGCAGCUGUCCGCGCCGCGCUUGUCAAUUUUAAGUUUUCCGAAUCGCGUGUGUAAAUAAACAAAUUAUUUUACUUUUCAUUGCGGAUAUUAUAAUGAAGUGAUACAAAUGUUUGUUUAAAACCGUGUUUACUAACAGUGGAGCGUUUGAAUAAACCCGUAACCGCUUCUCGCAAUGACAAGGGAGAGCACUCGGUUACCUUUUGAGAAACCCGGAGGCAUUACAAUGUUUCAUGCGGCCUAAUUGAUGCCUCGUAUUUGCUGAUAAGUGUAUACGUUGAUUUCAAGGACUAUUGUGAAUCGUUCGGAAGUAUUAUAAUCUUUGUUUCGAGUUUUCGACUCGGUCGUCAGUCGUCAAGAGUACACGUUGAAAAUGAGUGUUAUAAGUGGUUUGAGUAAAGCUGAUUUCAAGACGGCGAGUGAUGGGCUGCUGGAGCUCUCCGAGGAGAGGCUCCGCAGUAUCAUGCGUACGGAGCCGAUCACAGACGUCUACCACGUGGAACAGACUCCCUUUGCAAGGGGCAAGUUCGCAUCAGUCCGCAAGAUCCGGCACCUGGUCUCCGGCGAGGAGUACGCAGCCAAGUUCAUCCGCAAACGGAGACGCGCCGCCGACAGCUCCAGGGAGAUACAACACGAGGUCGCUGUUCUAGCGCUGUGCGCGGGCUGCACGCGCGUCGUCAGAUUACAUGAGGUCUACGAGACCCGAUCCGAAGUGGCCAUAGUCCUGGAGCUAUGCGCAGGCGGCGAGCUCCAACGUCUCCUAGAUGAAGAGGAGCGUCUCUCCGAAGGCGCCGCGCGCCGGGCGCUCCGCCACGUCCUGGAAGGCCUGGCACAUCUACACGCACGUCGCAUCGCACACUUGGACUUGAAACCACAGAAUCUGCUCCUCACUGGAGGGGGGGAGGAGCUACUUAUUUGCGACUUCGGAAUCAGUCGGGCUAUCCAGUCCGGAGCGCAUGUUAGAGAGAUUUUGGGCACGAGGGAUUAUGUUGCACCAGAAAUCCUGUCGUACGAGCCGCUGUCCCUAGCCGCCGACAUGUGGUCGGUGGGCGUGCUGGCCUACGUGCUCGUCAGCGGCUACUCGCCCUUCGCCGGCGAGACCAAGCAGGAGACCUACCUGAACAUCGCGCAGUGCCAGCUCAGCUUCCCGAGGGACUUGUUCAGAGGAGUCUCGCAGAGGGCCAUGCAGUUCAUCAGGGACACACUUGUCGUGGAUCCUAAGGGUCGUCUUACAGUGGAAGAGUGCCUGGAGCACCCCUGGCUCAAAGACGACGCCGACAUCCCGCGCGCCAUCGUCGGGCUGGGCUUCGACACGGCCGCCAGCGACGCGGACUCCGACGAGACACAGGAGAAUGGGGUCCAUGGGCUCAACGGGAACGGGGUUAAUGGACACAACGGCAUGAAUGGUCACAGCAACGGGACUAAUGGGACGAACGGGACACAUGGCGGACUCUGGGAGAAUGGGGUCCAUGGGGUCAACGGGAACGGAGUUAAUGGACAAAACGGCAUGAAUGGUCACAGCAACGGGACUAAUGGGACGAACGGGACACAUGAUGAAGAAAAAGAGAGGCCAGUGUCGCCGGCGGAGGAGCGCGCGCCGCCGCUGAAGCACGCGCACGCGCGCGACCCCGCGCCGCCCUUCCCCGACGCGCCCUCCACGCCCAAGGUAUCCCGCAAAUCGCUGCCAUCCCCCCCAUCCGUGCUAGCCCUAUGCAAGAAGUUCCAACCGGACUACGAGAAGCCCGCAGCGCGCUCGUGCUCGUGCGGCGCGUGCUGCGCGCCCGCGCCGGCGCCCGCGCCCGCGCCCGCGCCCGCGCCGUGCGCGCGCCUGCGCCUGCCGCCCGCGCGCUCCGCGCAGGACCGCGCGCUCAUCUGCUAG